AUGAUCCGUUGUUCAUUGAUUCAACGGCAGAACAAAUGCCGAUUUUAUCCCAAGUUCAGCGCUCUCGAACUACGGCCGGUGAGACGCGCCGACCUGCACCGCGGUAGGUACACGCUAAAGAGGUACCUCUACCGAAGCUCCAAUGAGUGGGUGGAAAUCCCGACGUCAUGUUCCUCUAAUCAGCGUCCAGGUAAAAAUAAUUUCAACUCCAGCAAGGUGGGCGGCUUCUCCAGGAAGGACAGCCCCAUUGCACGACCAUCAUGA